AAUUUCAUCAGGAUUCCGUCUUGCACCAAGGAUUUCAUCGUUUCUCCAAGAGCUUCGUUUUUCUUCAUCCUCUAUAAAUGAACAAGUGCGAGAAAAAGAGGUUCCAAGAAGGCUACCAAAGUUUCUCAGAGCUACAAGUGUUUUAGGAACAAGAAUAUUUGAAACGGAAGGUGGCAUUGAUAAGAGGCUGCAACUUCCUUAUUGUGUUCCCAACUUUUAUGACUUCCGCACAUCAGAAAGGAUGUUAUUUGCUGAUAAGACAAUUUAUAUUAAGUAUCUGGAAAGUCACGAAAAAAUUCAGAUACACAUUUCUCCAGCCACGACACUUUGGGAAAUCAGCAUUUCUUGCGAUGUUUUCGAUCUGUCGUUAAUUGACAUCACUGGCUCAGUUAGCGAAAUGAAAAAGAGUUUUGUUGACUAUAUUAAUGCAGUGCUAAGGGAUUUUGUUAUGAAUUAUUCAAAGGAACUUGGAUAUCCACAAAUUGAUCAAGUACUUAUCACCAAAAACGCUACUGUAUCGCUUCGAAAUAUUCUGCUGCUAGUUAGUAAAUGUGAACAUACUCUAUUUGUUGGAGUUGAUGAAUAUGAUGCCCCAGCUAAUAACAGUGCAUUCACAGACGCGACUAUGACUAUUGGGUUGGACGAGGCUACACUCAAACAUUUUGAGAAAAUUGAGCAGUUCUUUAAGAGUAGUUUUUUUGCAGUGCUCAAAGAAGGAUGUGGAGGAAUUAGUAAUGAUCGUGGCGCUGUCAUUAGCAAGUAUUUUGUGACUGGUGUUACUCCUGCAUUUCGCAGUAGUAUGAGCCCCCUUCAUGAAACUGUAAUUGUCUCGGGUAAUCCUGAACUGCAUGGCAUAUGUGGUUUUACCAAUGAGGAAGUUACAACACUCGUUCGGCACUACCUUAGCAAGGACGAACAAGAAACGAACAAAAUUGUCAAUUCUAUGCGGAAAUUAUACAAUGGAUAUUGUUUUGGUAAUACUGCCUAUGACAAAUCUGAUCCGCAACUACCUCUUCUAUACAACCCACAGUCAGUAUUCCACUACAUUCGUACGUUUGAAAGAUCUGGAGACGCCGUGCCUAAUGAAUAUGUCAAUUCGCAUAUUCUGAAAUCUAUCGCAGACAUUGGGGAAUUCUCAGUAGACGAUCUUGUCCAACUGGUUAUUUCUGGAUUUGUUGAAUCAGAUAUUAUGACUGGAUUUAGAUAUGCUGAUCUUCUCAAUGUUGGGAAAGAAAAGGAUAUCACUUGUUCUCUUCUUUUUUACUUGAGACUCCUUACUCGUGGCCCAGAAGAAGGAUGUCUAUGCAUUCCAAAUGAUAUUAUCAAAAAAGAAAUUUUUAAACGAAUCAUUAACUAUUUGUGUUCUCUUGAUGCGAUUAGUCAUUUGAUGGGUCCAGCAUUUGAUGAACUUGCCUAUGGUGAUAUUAAUGCGUUUGUCAAGCUUUUAGAGGUCUUUUUACAAACAAGAACACUAAGGUCACUACAAACAGCAAACAAAAAUGGACUUCAGAGUAUUGUUGAGAUCCUUUUAGACAAGCAGACCAUGUACAUACCAGAGCUUCAGCUCGUGGUUGAUGGUACCAAAGAAUAUGGUAAAGGCCGUAAUGGUUUUAUUGAUAUUUUCAUUCCUCCACAGGCUACUGGAAGUAUGAUAAUGCAAAUUCCUGGUAUGAUAUUGGAAUUGAAAUAUAUCACAUUAGAAGGCCUAAGGAGUGGAGAAACAGAAAAUUGGAAGAGAGUAUUUGAUUAUGAUAUAUUGAUGGAAUUUAAGAAGAAAAUUCGUAAAGAGAAUGAGCAACAUUUACUUGCCAGAAAUUAUAUGUAUUGGUCAAAUAAGUUGAAAAAACCCGUGUUGACGACUGUAGGUGCUGUUAUCGAAAAUGCAAUAAAACAACUCGAAAUGUACAUGAAUAUAGUUGCAAAAGGCGAGUCAAAAACGUAUUAUGAUUUUGGAGUACUGGAUAAUAGAGUUGAAAUUAAAAGAGGAUUUGAUGAUUUACGAGGAUAUGUUAUUAUGGCAAUUGCAGGGGACCAUGUUCUUGUGCAUUUUACAAAAUUAACAUCAACUUCAAAUAGAUAUUACAGUAUGCUUUGA